AUGGGCAUGGAGAUGUGGUUUAGGAAAAAGGAAAAUGCUCCAUCGCUGUAUUCGAAACUGGUGCAGAAAGGUUUUUACAGAUUUUUAACUGAUUUGAAUAUAUCAGCAACUUUACCACCAGAGUUUUCCAAGUUCCGACACCUGAAACUGCUGGACUUAAGUCGCAACUACUUCACAGGUUCUAUUCCUCAAGAAUGGGCUACCACAAAGUUGGAAGUGCUCUCUUUUAUGGGGAACCGGUUGUCUGGUCCAUUCCCAAAAGUUUUCACCUACAUCACCAGCCUCAGAAAUCUCUAUGCACAAAUCCUUAUUUUUUACCCUUCUAUUAUGAAACAACUUUUCAGGACCCAUUCCUCCAGAUGUUGGAAAGUUGAUCAAUUUACAGAGAAACUCAUUCUGUCAUCAAAUGCGUUCAAUGGAGAAUUGCCACCAGAACUUGCCAAGUUGGUCAAUUUGACUGAUAUGAGGGUAAGCGACAAUAACUUUUCUGGAAAGAUACCUGAUAUCAUCAGUAACUGGAAACAGAUUCAAAAACUGCAGAUUCAGGGUUGCUCUCCUUUGGCCCCCAUACCUUCCAGCAUUUCUGCUUUGACUAGCUUAUCUGAUCUGAGGAUUAGUGACUUAAAAGGCAGAGGGUUUCCUUUCCCACCACUGGGUAACAUGGACUCAUUGAAGACAUUAAUCAAAUCAAAUUGUCAAAUGCGGGAUACUGAGGAACUGCUUAAUACACGGAGAAAUUCCAGCAUAAAAUGGGGACAUGAAGAAAUUGAAGACUCUGUAAGUAGCACCAAGAAAGGGCUUUAUUGA